GAACAGACUCGCAGAAUAUCCGGGGACUCCACCGUUCUCGGUCCAGCUCUGAUGACGUUUCACGAGCCCACGAGAACACAAGCACGGACAAGAACGAAUACUAUUGAGAAACGGCCUGUCCUUCCAAUUUUAAUGAAUUCCGACAUGUCUUGGCGCUGUGUUGUGAUGUAACUUGCAUUCAAAUGCAGGCUUCGCAGGCUGUACACCUUGUUUUUGGAGUCUCCGUGUUGUCAAUCCAUCGGAGUGUCACCUGAUCGGGGGAGUGGGCUUGCUACAGAACGAGCCUCCUGCUUUGAUCAUAAGUCGGUGUCCUGACUUAGCCUUUGCUUCUCUUGCUGCAGAGAAAAGAAGCUGUGACUGAAUGACACAAAAGGACGGAAGUCAUACAAGCUUUCCAUUAUAGCCUGUGAACCUUGCUUUGCUAAAUGAUGAAUAAACAACCUAGCAAAGAAAGCCUAAAGGAUAAGGUGAAGGGGAUAUUUGGACUGGGACCACCACGGCCGCCCAGCAAACAAAGUGACCACAAACCAUCAGAGUUUAUCAUCACAACUGAUAUCAUAAAGGAACUCCUCCCUGAAUGUGGACUAAGCAACCGUAUUCGCACAAUGAAUCACAUUUGUGAUCUUGCCAAAACCAAAAAAUUUGAGGAGCAUGCAGUAGAAGCCGUGUGGAAAUCUGUGGAGGACAUGCUGACACAGGAGCAGCCUCCCGAGGCCAGACAUGCUGCCCUACAGCUUCUUAGGGCCAUCAUACAGGGACAGGGUGAGCGACUCGGGGCCCUGAGAGCUUACUUUUUCAAGGUGAUCAGAGACUACCAACCAUGCAAUGAAGACCUUUCUGACAGACUAGAAGUCUUCAAGGCCUUAACUGAGAAUGGGAAGGACAUCACAUACCUUGAAGAAGACAUAGCUCGUUUUGUCCUGUUGUGGAUGGACAUAGGUCUCACAUCUGACUUUCUCCAUGUUCUUGUCAACUUGGUGAAAUUCAACAGCUGCUACUUGGACCAAAAUGUCUCCAUCAUGGUCCAGAAAAUCUGCCUUCUUUGCAACAGGACGACCUCUUCAACGGAUAUUGAGCUGGCUCUCCAGGUCCUUGAUGCAGUGGUGUGUUACAACUGUCUUCCUUCAGACUCGCUCGGUGUUUUCAUCAUAACACUGUGUCGCACAGUCAACGUCAAAGAGUUUUGUGAAUCUUGCUGGAAGUUGAUGAGAAAAGUGUUGGGCACUCACCUUGGACACAGUGCUAUUUACACAAUGUGCCGCAUAAUGGAAGAGAGGGUCUACACGGAGGAUGCGCCAUUGUUGAGAGGAGCCGUGUUCUUUGUUGGAAUGGCACUGUGGGGAGCACACAGGCUCCCCGCACUCAAAAACACGCCCACGCUGGUUCUGCCUUCUUUUUACAAGGCUAUGUCGUGUGCCAACGAGGUGGUUUCCUAUGAAAUCGUCCUCUCUAUCACUCGGCUAAUCAAGAAAUACGGCAAGGAGCUGCAAGUUGUUACGUGGGACAUUCUGCUGGGCAUCAUAGAGCGACUCUUGCAGCAAAUUCAGGCAAUAGGAAGUGCCGAAUUGAAGGCCAUCGUUUAUGAGCUGUUGACAACAGUAGAAGAGCUAUAUGAGCAAAAUGGUUACCAUGGUUCCACAGAGAAGUUCUUCAGUCUAGUGGAGAAAUGUGCUGACAAAAGACCGGAUGCGUCAGUGCUGACCCUCAUCUCAUACAGGGCCCAAUCCAUUCAGCCCGCUAAGGAUGGUUGGAUUCAGAGCCUUCACCGGCUUAUGGAAAAAUUCUUUAGAAAUGAGAGCCGCAGUGUGAUCAGGAUCAAAGUUCUUCACAUCUUAUCUUUUGUUUUAAGCACAAACCGUCAACUGUAUGAGGAUGAGUUGAUAGAAAUGGUAGUGAUUCCUCUGCUCAGUGGCAUCGCUGACGACCGAGAUCCAGCAGUAAGAAAACAAGCUACCCAGCUUUUGGUGGACCUGGCUGAGGGCUGCAACACCCACCACUUCACUAGCCUCUUGGACAUUAUUGAGCGGGUUGCCAGCCGUUCUCUCGCGUCUUCAGGAUCUAUGGAAAUUUCAGAUAGGGAGCACACAGCAGAGUCUCCAAUGGAAGAUGUCAGGACCGCGAUAUUAGGACUACUUGAGAUUCUUCAGAGCAAGCUUUACAGUCUGCCAGCCAGCCAUGCAACUCGUGUUUAUGAAUUACUCAUCAGCCAUCUGCAGCUCCACUACAAAAACAAGUACUCUUCUGUGAUUGCUUCUAGUAUCAGACUGCAGAUUUUCGACUUCUUCCUGAGAAUGCGAGCAGACUUUCUUCAUCGUGUUGGUGUCCCCAACAAAGAUGGUGCCAUGCGGUUUAGCCCUUACUGCUACUGCGAUAUAGGGGAGCCAGAGAAAAGAACAAAUGAAAAGAAGUCGUCAGGUCCAACGUCUCCGCCUGCAAGUGGUCCACCUCCUCCGGCUGCUCCUCCUUCUGUCACUGCAACAAUACGCUCUGCCUACCUCCCCUACUCGUUAGCUUUCGGUGUGAUCCUUCACUGCUUAAAGAUGGAAACGGACUGGAAGGUGCUGAAAUUGGUCUUAGAGAAGUUGCCGUGGACGCUGCAAUACAAAGUUCUUCUGCUCACGUCACCUUGCAGCUUAGACCAGCUUUGUUCCACUCUCUGCUGCAUGGUGACAGAUCGGCUGAUUUCAGAACGUUUGAAGAAGAUGCCGGAUGGAUUUUCAAGAACCGAUGUUCAACUAGCAGUGGUUCCUGUCCUAACAGCAAUAACUUCAUACCACAGCUAUCUAGAGCAAUCAAGACAAAGAGAGUUAGUCCAGUGUCUUGAGACUGGCCUCAUUUACCGCUGUGCCAAGCAGUGUGUGGUGGCUCUCACUAUGUGCACGGUGGAGAUGCCUGACAUUAUGAUCAAACUUCUGCCUGCUCUUAUUGUCAAGCUCACCCACAUCUCUGCAACAGUUGCCAUGGCAUCUCCAAUGCUUGAGUUUCUUUCAACUCUGGUGCGUCUUCCUCACCUUUAUGCUAACUUUGUAGCUGAGCAGUAUGUUAGCGUGUUUGCCAUCUCGCUACCCUACACCAACCCGUCCAAGUUCAAUCAGUACAUUGUGUCUCUUGCUCAUCAUGUGAUUGCAAUGUGGUUCAUCCGCUGCCGACUUCCCUUCCGAAAAGAUUUUGUUCAAUACAUCACAAAGGGUUUGCGUUCCAAUGCCUUGCUGCCCUUCGAUGAUGGUCACGAGCAGAGUUCUUUUCGUGCCCGAAGCACAAGUCUCAAUGAAAGACCCAAAAGUCUUCGGGCGGCAAAAGUGGCGAAAGCGGCAGCGGUGGUAGCCAAUAACAGCAGCUCUCCAGUUAAAGAGCUGAGGGACCUGUCAGCCAUGGAUGCAUUCCGAUCCCGCAGCAUCAGUGUCUCCGAUCACGCGGUCCGCAGGAUGCAAACCUCCACCACCACUUGCAGUCUGGGCUCAGCUGAUGAAAAUGCAGUAACUCAAGCAGAUGAGGGGCUGAAAACAGUCCACUUGGAGCUCACUGAGACAUGUCUAGACAUGAUGGCACGAUAUGUCUUUUCCAACUUCUCAGCUCUGCCAAAAAGAUCUCCAAUUGCAGAGUUCCUCUUGGCAGGGGGUCGCAGUAUGACUUGGCUGGUGGGCAAUAAGCUAGUGACCAUCACCACUAGCGGAGGAGUUCGCACUCAAGCACUGCUUGGCCUGGACAUGGCUGAUCGACUGGGGGGAGGUGAAAUGACCAGCAGGUCUGACCCAUCUCUGCACACUCGAAUAACUAAGGAGGCACCUGCCAAACUGGAGUCCCAGUCAAGUCAGCAGCAAAGCAGAGCCACACGCAUACGUGUCCGCUCCAUGUCGGGUGGUCAUGCUCUUCGUGCCGGUCCUGCCCAAAGUCUUAGCCCACUUGUGUCACCUUCUGAGGGAGAGUUAGCUGCUCAGCUGUCACCCUCUUCUGCUGCCACACUGGAUGGCCUCAGUCCUCCCUCAUCCACUUCUACCACGACACCGGCCCCCCCGCCCCUCAAGGACAACCCGGGUCUGGCUGAGUUUGUCCCCAUUCUCACUCAGGGCUGGGCCGAGAUCUUCAUUCGAAGACCAUCGGGUAACACAAGCUGGUUAAUGUGCCUGGAGAACCCGCCCAGUCCCUUCUCCUCCGAGGUCAGAAACAUGCCUCUGCAGGAGCUGUCCACCGUCCUGAUGGCGAUGGAGGGUGUAAAAGAACCUGCUACUCAGACAGUCAGUGCUCCUGCUAGCACAGCUACUCCUGCACCUGCUGAGUCCUUCAGUCAAACGCACAGUAGUGCUGGAGGGAAGCCUCACUUGAUCCAGCGCUCCAACACAGUGAGCGGCUCUCUCUGGUUUCUGGGUCAGGGCAGUGCCCCUCUAGGCCCUCCGGCCACUAGCAGGUUGUACAGGAGCAUUUCCUGGGCAGACUCAGUAGUGGUGAUGGAAGAAGGCUCAGGCGUCACAUCUGCACACACCCCAUCUGACUGGCUAGAAAGUGAGGAGUUUGAGCCAAUGCCAUCCGACCCAAUCUUCAUCUCUGCUGAUAAAUUCUCAAAAGCCCCGGCUCCUAGAACGCUCAGUCGGUCCUCCUCCACAUCCAGUCAAGAUGAAGAAAAGUCCACUUUGGAAGAAGUGAGUGAGGGAGCCAUUCCCAUUGAUCAACCUGCUCAGGGGCUCUCCACCCCUGGCAGCCAGGAACUACUCUUCCAAGGCACCAACCAGUCCCAGGGGCAUGGACUCAACAAGUCCAGCUCCUCACCAGAGCUUCAAACUUUAUCAGAAGCCUUCUCCAAAGUUAAUCUGGAGUCAGAGACAGCUCUAGGUGAUGCUGCCCAGCCAAGACCGCCAACAGAAAUCAAAACCCAGCCGCCUACUGAAAGGGAGAGUGCAGGAGGAGACCUCAGUGGAAUCAUAACACCAAAUCCAAUAAUAGAUAGCUCUUCUACAGGGGUUUCUCAAAGCGGAGGCGCAAGAAUGAAGUUGGAGUUCCCACCACCUGGAGCACAACCAGGUCCCAUCUCACCCAGUGGAGGUCACAGACCACGGGGCCACACCAUCUCGGUAUCGGCGCCAUCUUCCCGGAGAGAGAGGAGGACCGAGAGAGAUUUGUACCAGAGCAGACCUGGACCCAGCAACACUGAAAAGAUGUCUGGACUCAGUCCGAGUUUUGUGUUCCUCCAGCUUUACCACUCACCUUUCUUUGGGAAUGAAGCUAACAAGCCUCUGCUGCUGCCCAAAACUCAGGUCAUUGAUCGAGCUGUGAAGGUUCUGGACCAAAUGCCUCCUUAUGACACCCAUAAGAUUGGAGUGAUCUUUGUGGGAGUGGGCCAGGUAAACAAUGAGGUGGCCAUCCUGUCGAACGAAUACGGAUCGAAUCGCUAUGCAGCCUUCCUUACGGGACUGGGGAAAUUAAUCCACUUGAAGGACUGUGACCCCGACCAGAUCUUCCUGGGCGGGCUCGAUCAGUACGGGGACGACGGCGAGUUCACUUACUGCUGGCAUGAUGACAUCAUGCAAGCUAUCUUCCAUAUCGCCACACUGAUGCCCAACAGGGAGAGUGACAAGGGCUGCUGCAAUAAGAAGCGCCACAUCGGCAAUGAUUUUGUCAUGGUGGUUUACAAUGAUUCUGGCGAGGAGUAUAAACUGGGUACCAUAAAGGGUCAGUUUAACUUUGUGGAGGUGAUCAUAAAACCACUGGAUUAUGAAUGUAACUUAGUUUCCUUGCAGUGUCGCAAAGACCUGGAGGGCUUAGUAGAUACAACUGUGUCCAAAAUAGUCUCUGACAGCAACCUUCCGCUAUUAGUCAGACAGAUGGCUCUCCAUGCUAACAUGGCUUCCUUGGUGCAUCAGUACAGAGCCAACCCUUCAGACGCGUACGCCUCCAAGUGGCUGGCAAGGUUACGGCACAUCAAGAGGAUCAGGACACGGGCUCACGAAGACAUUCAGUCUCGCUCGGCUCCCGGCAUCUCGCUGACGCAGGGACACGCUCAGCAGAACAAAUCUUUUCAGCAGAGCAGCGGCACACCCUCAAACCAGGAGAGCUCGGGUCAGCGCAAAAGGCUCGUUUCGACGGUGGACGACUUCACUGAUUUUGUGUGAUUACGUGUAGGUGCAAUGAACUGAUUGCGGUAGAUUUAAAUACGUAUGCUUUGACUGAAACCGAUGGCAAAUUGAUGAACUUCAUACUAAACAUUCAGACAAAUUCUGUGCAUUUUACCCAAAAUGUUGCUUCUCUGCACUUAAGAUGAAUUCAGGCAUAGAAAAUGGAAAAUCCCCUUUUGUAUGAUAAUGAUUUGAUGACCAUGUACUAGGAUAAAUGAUGAUGAAGAAUACUUUAUUCAUUUUUUUAAUGGAGUGAAGGACUCAAGAAUAAAAAUUUCCUGUCGUGCGUCACAUUAAUUGAUUGUAAAUGCUGCCUUGCAGAGGGAAUACUACAGUGGUUCUCGAAGUGUUGGCACGAGUGUCACCAGUGGUAUCUUGGCUCCAUCUAG